CUUUCAGAAGUGAUGCAAUUAAUUUUUUUUAUUAAUCUAUAAACUUCAUAGAAUGUGCACGCAGUCGAAAAAAAACAAAUGAAAUCACUAUUUUGUUGACCAGCCUGUGCCUUAAAAUAGAAGUAGUUCUCAUGGAUCCAUUUGCAUGCACUUUCUAAAGAUCCUAAUGUGGCAAGUUCCACUGCAGACGGUCUGCGAGUCUCUCUGUCUUGGCAAGAAAUCCCAGACUGGCUCAGUGAUGUCGAGAUCAGGGCCCAAUGCGGGCCAUACCAUCUGUUGCUGUCUUCUCUUUUCACUGGAGGUAGUUUUUUUUUCUUAAUUAUAUUGGCUGUGAUUUGACGGCCACUGCCAUGCUGCUGAAUGAAGUUUUGACCAAUAAGAUGCCCUCCUCAUGGUACUGCAUAGAAGUGUAACCUCCAUCAUGCUUCAUUGACGCCUGCUGAUGGUCAUCCAUGUAUCAUUUGGUGGGCAAACUACCUUCACAUUUUGACUCAUCACUCCAGACCACCUGCUGCUGUUUUCCUGAAGUCCAGUCCUUUUGUUCUUUGUGUGUAGCAUAACUAGAGCACUGCUUCCAGAUUCAACUGUGACAUACCGUCUUACUUUAAGAGAUGGAACAUGCUGAGGGAACUAUCAAGGAGCAACUUUUCAGUUGUGAUCUUUGUGGGCUAACCUCUCCAUUUAGCUAUUAUGGACAAAAACCACCAAACACUAGAUCCAUUGUCCUCUUAGAGGAAUGUUAUGUUAUGAAGGACCCCUUCAGCCCGGAGAAAGAUAAAUUUAUGAUCAUUGGCUCACGCUGCAGCUUAUGCAACAAAAAUGUUUGUGUUGGAAUGGAAUGUAGCCUGUUUUACACUAAGAGGUUUUGUCUUCCAUGCGUCAACAUUCAUUUCAAAGAGUUUCCAGAUCAAGUCCAAAUGGAAAUUGCAAAAAGGAAGCAAGGUUACAAGAAUCAGUGAUCAAACAUGACUUAUUCCAGCAUGUUGCAGGACCAGCUGAUACUUUUUGUCAGUGUACAAAAGUGCUCUAUCAAAUUUGUUCUCAAUGAGAAUAACAGUCACAGGUACAAGACUGUAAAUGAAUACCCUGUAUGAAUGAAUAAAUAAAGCUUAUGCUAUACAGCAUUAGUGUAGUCGUAGACCAUAUUGUUUCACAUAGCUAUUUAAAAGAGAGUACCUUAAAAAUGUAUACUUCUUUUCAAAUUUAAAAAGAAAAACUAUGUAGAAAAAUGGAGAUUGUUUUCCUAGAGGUGAAACAUUAUGUAAGUAAAUUCCUUUUAAACACUGAUGACAGCACACUGUAUUCAUAAACAAUGAUAUUUAAACCCAAAUGUACUUACCAGUAUUUUCUUUCAAAGUAAAGCUUGGCACAUUGCAGAAAGAUCAAAUGUUCAAUGCUGCUGCCUCUUUGUUCCAAGCUCAAUGUGUCAAUUCCUGACCCAGUUGGUGUCAAUAUGGAGCCUUGCCCAUUCUCUUCAUGGUUGAUUGCGUUUACUCCUGGUGCACCAGUUUCUUUACACAUCCCAAUGACAUGCAUGUUAGAUUUGAUGACAACUCUAAAUUGGCCCAGUAAAAGAGCGUACUGUACAUGUAGAUAUUACUGUACCUUCUAGCGAAUGAGAAGCCAAAAGCUGGUUGAUUUGUGCUUUGUCCUUGGAGCAUCCUGAAUAUGCUGCACUUCCUUAGAAACCUGUAAUAUAAAAGAAGAAGGACAGACAGUGACAUUUAUUACCUUUUGAAAGCACGUCCCUGACGUUCACACAUUUUUGCAAUUUGUGUCUGGAAUGUGUUUUUAACUAUUUGUUGGACAGUCUCUUUUAUGUUUUAUUUCAUUGGUUAAUGUAUGCUACUACCAAUGGAGGUCAUUACUGAACAUCCAUUAUAUGCAGAGAAAACAGGAACCAAAGUCAAGUGGAUCUAAACAAUGGAAGUAAGCACAAACUUCCUUCACUUCUUAGGUUAGCUAAAGAAGAAAAAACUAGGCAGUGGUUUUAUCUCAGUGGCAUUAAAUUUAUGGAAUAUACAUUAUCUGUAUUAUAGGACUGACAUUGAUAUACUACAAACAAUGUUAGAAAUGAGGACAAUGGCAGAAUUAGAAGCCAUUAUGCCCAGUGCUGCCUAUUGCGUUCAUGACAAAGUCUCCAAGAGCACCAUUAGUCACUUGCCAGUCAUAAUAAAACCAUGGAUACAGGGAAAAUAUUUGUUAAAAGAUGCUACAUUAAAUCUAGUAAACCGUGUGUAUGGUUCUGGGUCUUACACUUUUCUAAUAGUUUACAGUGUUUUUUUAAUGCACUAUGACUGUAUGUACGAUGUUGUUGCUGUAGCAAAUAAAUUUUACCACAGUCACCA